AGUGGGGUCGAAGGCAGGGAGAGCACACAGCUGUAACUCAGAAAUGAUUGCUGCAAGUUUCAGGGACUGUGAGGCCUGGAGGGCGGAGGGUCUUAAAUUGUCCACGAGCAGUAAUGAGGCUUGCAAACUAUAUGAUGCCUUACUCACGCAGUAUGUGAAAUGGAGGAACGAUGAAACCUUGGGAGGAUUUGAAGGAUGCAUUUCUGCUAUCCAGGCAGCUGAUCCUAACUUUGUUAUGGGCCAUGUGAUCAGCACAGGGCUGGAGCUGGUGGGAACGACAAGCUCCACCCGGCUGAAUGAGCGUCUGGCAAGUGCAGUGAGGCGAACAGUGGAGUUGGCCAACAGCCAGGACAUCUCUCCCAGAGAAAGGCUCCAUGUCAAGGCUAUGGAGCUCUUCUCACAUGGAAAUUUUCCCAAGGCUUGUGAUGUAUGGGAGGACAUUCUGGUUGAUCACCCCACUGAUAUGCUGGCCCUCAAGUUUGCCCACGAUGCCUAUUUCUACAUGGGAGCCCAAACCCCGAUGAGGGACUCUGUGGCCAGGGUGUUGCCUCACUGGAAACCACAUAUGCCUUUGUCCAGUUAUCUGAAAGGACUGUAUUCCUUUGGUCUCCUGGAGACUCGCUUCUAUGACCAGGCUGAGAAAGUAGCCAUGGAGGGCCUCACUCUGACCCCAGAUGAUGCUUGGUCUGUCCACUCUGUAGCCCAUGUUUAUGAGAUGAAGGCAGAAGUGGACAAAGGCUUGAAGUUCAUGGAGGGUAGAGAGAAAGACUGGCAGGUAUCUGACGUCCUGGCCAGUCAUAACUAUUGGCAUUGGGCUCUAUACUUCAUUGAGAAGGGGCAAUACGAAGCCGCUCUGCAAAUAUACGAUGACCAGGUAUUCAGACGUUGUAAAGCCACAGGAUCCAUGUUGGACACCGUAGAUGCCAGUUCAAUGCUCUGCAGACUGGAAAUGGAGGGUGUGUGCGUGAAGGAUCGUUGGCAGGAGCUGCUCCAGGUAACGCAGCCUCACACUGAUGAUCACGUGACCUUAUUUAAUGACCUCCACUUCCUCAUGGUGUCGCUGGGAGCUAAAGAGAGUGGGACCUCUCAGCGUCUGCUUGAGGGCCUCCAGGAAUUGGCUAAGGAGCCGGGGGACAAUCAGCAACAUCAUCUGGCUGAGACUAUAGGUGUACCCAUGUGUCGGGCUAUGAUGGAGUACAACCGAGGCAACUACAGUGGAGCCAUGGAGCUCCUGUACCCGUUACGCUACCGCAUGGUAGAUAUAGGUGGCAGUGACGCUCAAAGGGAUCUCUUCAAUCAACUGCUUAUUCAUGCAGCCAUGAAAUCAGAGAAUAAGCACCACCAGAAACUGGGAAGAUGCCUUCUGGUGGAGCGUGAUGCCGUGAGGCCAAAUUCCCCUCUGACUGAUCGACUGAUGCAGAGAGCCCUUGCUCUUCACGUCUAGAAAGGUUGCAAGGUGCACGGAGCAGCUCCCAUGCAAAAAUCAUCAAAGUAACAUCAUAAUCUGAUGUGCUGAUGUUUGGCUUUAGGAGACUCCUUUACCAACCCCCAGGAAUUUGGCACUGUUGUCAAGACGGUUGAUACCUUUUAUACAGUUUUCAAUGUAGAGCUUUGCACCCUUUUAGAUUGCUGACCUGUUAAACUUUGUAAGUGAACUAAUUUGCACAUAUCUCAAGGUUAUGAGCUAAUAUUAACCACAGGUUGUCAAUUUGCAUGAUAAAUAGCUGCAAAAUAUGGUGUCUAACCACAUGCUUUAUCUGAGUUUGUUCUUUUAGCAAAACAGACACCUCUAAUCAAUGUAGAUGACUGUGACUUUCUUCUUCUGAAUUUUAUUAGCAAAUGUCACAUUUAAAUAUAAAUACUCUUCAGAGAUAAAAUCUUCAUGUCAAUAUCAACACAAAAACCAUUAUCAAAACCAAUAAAUAUACAUUUGGCACUUUG